AUGAAGGAAAUGAGUAAGGUGCCAUACUCUACUGCCUUGGGGUGUGUCAUGUAUAUUAUGGUCAGUACAAGGCCAGACAUUGCUCAUGCAUUGAGUGUACUAAGUAGGUACAUGUCAAACCCGGGUCAAGAACAUUGGAAGGCUCUAAAAUGGCUCAUUAGAUACUUGAAAGGCACCUGGAAUCAUGGUUUGAUUUACAAGAGAGUUGAAGAUGAAAUGGAAUUACAGGGUUUUGUAGAUGCAGAUUAUGCAGCCAACAAGGAUACCAGAAAAUCGACCACAUCUUACAUGUUUCUAUCUAAUCAGAAUUGCAUAAGCUGGAAGGUACAACAACAAUCAGUAGUUUCACUUUCAACUACUGAAUCAGAGUUUAUAGCCACCACAGAAUCAUUCAAGGAAGCAAUUUGGCUAAAAGGGAUACUGUCUGAAUUGAAAGUUCUAAAAGGAAAGGUUACAGUCUACUCGGACAGUCAAUCUUCAAUUCAUCUAUGCAAAAAUCCGGUGUAUCAUGAGAAAAGCAAACACAUAGACAUUAGACUAUUCUGGAUAAGAGAAAAGAUAGAAGAAGGUGUCAUUGAACUAAGCAAAGUGAGGACUGAAGAAAAUCUUGCAGAUGUUGGUACCAAGGUUGAUAUCUCCUACACGUUAUAG